UAGGAAAAAUAAAAUAAAUUGAUAUACGAAAUGAUAGUUAAAAGGUUGCUUUCCACUUAAGUCCACAUCUAAAAACUAGCUACAAAUUAUACCUUUGUUUUAUAGCAUGAUUAUUGAUUAUUGGAAAGUUUUUAGAGUGAGAUUCUUACCGGAAUAUAAGAACUCGUUUCUUAAUUUUUAACUAAAAAAACUAAGAACCGUCUCUUAGAACUCUUAUUUAAGAACCGGUUCUUAAUUUUUUUAUUAAAAAUUAAGAGUUAUGUUCUUAUAUUCCGCUAAAAAAUUCAUUUUAAGAAUCCCCAAUUAUCAUAUUCUCGGUGCUUUGAUACUUCCACUUUUCUUUUCUUUUCUUUUCGAUGUGUGGAAACUAAUUUCCCACAAAACUAUAUUGAAAAAAAUCUGCAGUAAAAAAUGGUAAAGUAAAAUUAAUUAAACUACUCAUUUACCAAAGAGUUAAAUAUAUGUGUUACCAAAAAUAAAAGAGUUCAAAUACUUAAAUAUAAAUUGCUGCCAACAACUAUUUUCCAGUCUGGCACCCAUUUCCACCUAAGUAAAUACAUAAUAUUUUUAUAAGAAAAAUAAAUAAGACACGUGGCAUUAAUACCAUUUGGCUGAUAAAGUCCACUUCUUUCUUCCUCAUAUUACAUAACACACUCACACUACUCUCAACUCCCAAGCAAACUGAAGAAGAAACAAAGCGUGCCUCUCUCUCUCUUAAUCAUUCUCCUCCUCCUUUAACUCUCUCUAUAAAAAAAAAUCAAUACUCAUGGAUCCUUGGGAUAAAACUAACUCAUUAGACCACCACCACCGUCGCCAAGAUCAUCGCCAUCCUUCGUUCUCCUCCACUCUCCUCGACCAAAUCUACAACUCCAUCGACUCCUCCUCUCUCUCCGACGUCUCCAUGAGGAAGAAGCAAAACCGUGCAGUGGAAGAAAUCGAGAAAAUCCUCGUUAACCGCCGCGCAGUCCCCGGAGAUUCAGUUAGAUCAAGGAAUCUCAAGACCGCUGAGCCAGUUUUCUCCAAGCAUUCGAGCUCCUCCAGCUCCUCAGACUCAAGCGGACUCUCCUCUUCCUCUUCCGAUUCCUUCUACAGGCGAUCUCGUUCUCCGCCGGAGAUUCCCCAUCCGAAGCCGAUUCGAACCACCGUCGAGAGACGCGAACGACCUAACGAUAAUAAUAAUAAAGUGAAAUCGAAGGCGUUGGAGAUGUAUAGCGAUUUGAAGAGAGUGAAACAGCCGAAUUCUCCAGGCGGACGUCUCGCCACUUUCCUUAACUCUAUCUUCACCGGAAACACGAAGAAACCGAAUAAAACCGCCACGUCAUCAUCCACCACUUGCUCCUCAGCUUCUUCCUUCUCCAAAUCUUGCUUGAGUAAAACGCCGUCGUCUAGUGAAAAACUGAAACGGUCUGUGCGUUUCUGUCCCGUUAACGUCGUCCUCGACGAAGACGACUCCAAGAAGCGUAGUGGCCACAUUAACAACAACAAAUUGUACGGAAACAACGAGCGUGAGAGCCGAGUGAUGGAGGAGAAUCGUCGCGUGAUUGAAGCAGCCAAGGAACUUAUCAGAACUUACCAGAAGAAUAAAGACGUCGUUAACAUCAUCGGCAAAGAAGAAGAAGAUGAUGAUGAAGACGACGAUGACGAUGGUGCGAGCUGCGCGAGCUCCGAUCUGUUCGAAUUGGAUCAUCUAUCGGUGAUUGGAAUCGGUAGUUAUCGAGAAGAGCUUCCCGUCUACGAGACGACUCGUUUUAACACGAACCGUAUAAUCUCCAGAUGAAUAAUUAAUUAUUCUCGAAUUAUGUAUAACUAAUUGCUUAGUUUCCUAAUGUAGUAACUACUUACUGGUUUAAGGGUGGAUUAAUUGGUUUUGGAUUAUACAGUUGUCUGAGUGAUGGUA